AUGGAUGUAACUCUACAAAGACACUGCGCUAAAUUUAUUUAUGUUAUACCAGAUGGAUUAAAGGAAUUAAUAAGCGAUAUUUCAAGAGAGGUUUUACGAAGUCAACCUGAAGAUAUCUAUAUGUUUGUUGCAGAUUAUUUAGAUGCUCUUUUAAUUACGAGAGAAAAUGCUAGAGUUGCUAUAAGACUUGUAAAUACCAUAACAGAAAUAGCAAUUACAACAUUAGAACUUUUAACAAAAACAGGAAUUGAUUAUGAUGAGGCGGAAAAAAUUGUCACUAUUAUGAAUACUGUUUUCAAAAGAUAUAUGGGGGUGGACCUAGACAAAUCUCCGCCUAUAAUGCAAAGUGAGGAUAUUGAAGAUGCAAAUGUUGUAACAGCAGUUUUCACUUUGGCGACUAUUCCGGAUGAUGUGGCUGAAGAAGCGGCCCAUAUAAUUCAAAAUGCAUUUAGAAAAUUUAAAGCUAGACGCGAGAUAGAAAAAAAGAUUUUGCAAGGCAUGGUGGACUGGAGGAUUGCCGCCAGAAGCGCCAUAUAUCUGUACCGAAAAACUGGCGUUACUAAAGAAGAAGCAGAUCGGGCAGCUACACUUAUUAAACCACAAAUAAAAGACAGUCAUAUCAGUGCAAACGACUUCUGCGAUAUUAGUUUUCAGUUUAAUUGGAGUAAUGAUCAAACUUGCAACGUUACAUCUGCUUUCCGUAAGCGUAGUGGCAAUCGACAUAUAAUUAGUUCAUUUAUUGAUAAAACUCUAAUGGAUAGAAGUCAUCAAGUUGAUUCUUUUUUUGAUGUAAAAGAAAUAACUUUCAUUAAUUUUAAAAAAGAAAAGGAAACAAAUGUGACUAAAACUGUAGUUUAUUGUUCAGAUGUUAUUGGUUUUUUAAAUUUUAUAAAAGAAAAAAGAAAUAUUUCUGAAACACAUAAAAGUUUGAGUAAACGGUGGAGGUACUUUUUUAAAAAUAUGCUUUGCACUGAAGUGAAAAGUCAAAGCAAAAGUCAAAGCAAACGUCCUAGAAUGGUCCAUGGUAGUAAUAUUAAAGACACGGGAGUCAACAAAUUAUUUAUUCUUGCCUUGGCUGCAAAUGUACAAGAAAACCAUAGCAACAUUUUUGUAUUAUGGACACUUUUAAAAAUUGAAAAAUGUUAUGAUACAAUCGCUGCAGACUUAAAGCUCCUAAACAUAUUGCUUGGUAUAGGCCCCCACUCAAGUAUGUACCCAUGUCUUUGGUGUACAGCAAACCAACAUGAACUUGAUAAAAUUAGUGCUUUAAGAACCUUCGAAAACUGCAAGACAAAUGAUUUAGAAUGGUAUAAGGCGGGUUCAAAUAAGAAAGAUGCAAAAGAAUAUUUUAGUUGUAUAAAUCCUGCAAUAGUUUCGGGAUCAGAAGAACAUGACAUUUUGACGCUACCUGAACUACAUUUGAUGUUAGGCGUAGUAAAUCACAUUGUGAGUCAUAUGAUAAAGGAAUGCAAUGAAGAUGCUUUAAAAUGGGUUAAAGCAUGCAAUGUUCAACUAGAUAAGCGGCAUGGAGGUGCAUCUUUUAAUGGCAAUGCUUGCAGAAAUUUAUUGAAAAAAAAAACAGAUAAUUUAUGA